UUGAGCCUAACCGGUUAGUCCAUGUUUGAUUUCCGCUCCACCAGAAGCCAUGGCCAAACACUGAAAAAUGCUCAGAGAUUUUCACCAAGCUCAGCUGAAUUUCCUGCCUUCCGCCACCAAAUCAACCACCAGGUGCGGUGACGCAACGAACUGGGACGAAGAAGUGUACAGAGAAUCCAUAUUAAAGGAGAUGGAGAUCCAAACCCGAAGCGUUUGGGCUCAGUCGCUUAACCCUAGCCCCGAAACCGUCGUCGUCGCCUCCAGCUACGGAUCGGUUUCCUCCUACUCCAUCCCCUUCCUCAUCUCCAAGCUCCCACUGGGUUUUAGCAAUGUGAAAGCUCCACAGUUGUUAAUGGCGGAACUUACUUGCUAAGCGCAUGGAGGGCCUGCUUACGAUGUUAAGUUUUACGGAAAUGGUGAAGAUUCUGUUUUGCUGAG